AUGGGUAAGAUUAAUUCCUUUAUACAAAGUUCAUCCUAAAAGACCUACUUCAGAAUAAUUUAGACCACUAGUAAUUUUAAGUCCCCUCUUAAAAUUCAUAGAACUAAGAUUCUAUAAGCAAUUAAAGGAUUAUAUGAUACAUGGAAUAAAAAAAGGGAUAUGGCACCAAAAUUAAUUUGUUGUUAAUGAAGGAUAUAAUAAAAAAUUAUACAACGAAAAAUCAUAAUCUUUAUAGAUUUUUCUAGUGCAUAUAAUACAUUUGAAAAAAGAUCGAUUAUAUAAUUUAAUGUCGAUGAAUAAAAUCUUACCUGAAGAAGAAAUAUGGUUUUUUGCAAACAAUACACGACAGAUCGCAUAUCUACAUCCACACAAAAUUUAAGAAAAAUAUCGUUACAAAAACGGGGUCCCAUAAGGUUCUCCUAAGUCUCCUCUCUUGUUUAAUAUAUACAUGGAUAAUUUUCUGAAAAAAAUAUCAGAAAAGCUUCAAUAUUCAGUAUAAACUUUAGGAUACGCAGAUGAUCUAGUAUUUAUAUUACGCAAAAGCCAAAUAAAAGAUUUUUGA